ACGCGCGCGAUCCGGACUGAACUGAGCCCAGCCCCACCUCAGGAGGAGGCUGUGCUCGCUCUCUAGGGGUCUGGAUUGAGAGCAGACCGCAUUCGAUCCAUCUGAUCAUCACCAGAGCGUCUUUAAUUCUCAGUCUCAGCGACAGACACACAGCAACACGAGUCAUGGAGACCAGACUGCCCUCCAGCUAGCUUACUGCUAUCCGCUCGGAUCCCGAAAACAUGCGCUAGACAGGGUUUUAUACGAAGACUGUUUUCUGUUUUCACUGGAGUGACACUGCUGUCACAUCUGGCAUCAGUAGCUGAAGAUGCAGACUUUCCUGAGAGGCAGACGAGUGGGCUACUGGCUCAGCGAGAAGAAGAUGAAGAAACUCAAUUUCCUGGCUUUUGCAGAGAUGUGCAGGAAAAGAGGAAUAGAAGUUGUUCAGCUUGACCUGAGUCAGCCAUUAGAGGAGCAGGGUCCACUGGAUGUUAUCAUUCACAAGCUAACAGACCUGAUCCUGGAAGCGGACCAGAAUGACACCCAGUCCCUGCUGCUGGUCCAGUGUGUGCAGGAUUAUAUUGACGCUCACCCAGAGACCAUCAUUCUUGACCCACUUCCAGCCAUCCGAACUCUACUGGACCGCUGCAAGUCCUACCAGCUGGUGCACAGGAUAGAGGACUGCAUGAAAGAUGUGAGGAUCUGUUCUCCUCCAUUUAUGGUGCUGAACAGUGAGUGUGGCCCAGACACGCUGGAGCAGAUCAAGCUGCACGGUCUUACAUUCCCUUUCAUUUGCAAAACACGGGUUGCUCACGGAACUAACUCUCAUGAGAUGGCUAUAAUAUUCAACGCAGAGGACCUAAAGGAUGUGAAGCCACCGUGUGUGAUUCAGAGUUUCAUAAACCACAAUGCCGUGCUCUAUAAGGUGUUCGUGGUGGGCGAGUCGCACACUGUGGUGGAGAGACCCUCACUCAAGAACUUCCCCUCUGGACCGACUGACAGAAAAGCGAUUUUCUUCAAUAGCCACAAUGUGUCCAAGCCAGAGUCAUCCUCUGACCUCACAUCUAGAGAUAAUGUAGAAGGGGUUUCGCAGCCACCGAAUGAUGAUGUCAUUAGGGAACUGUGUAAAUCUCUUCGGGAAUCUCUCGGUGUUUCGCUCUUCGGCAUCGACAUCAUCAUUAACAACCAGACGGGCCAACACGCAGUCAUUGACAUCAAUGCAUUCCCUGGAUAUGAGGGUGUCCCAGAGUUCUUCAAUGAUCUCCUGAACCAUAUUAUCAGCGUCCUCCAAGACCCCUCGGCCCCGCCCCCUCCCGGUCAGCUACCCGCUUUAGGCGCAGGAGAGCGCAACUGUGCCCCGUCCCAGGAGUGCUGCGGCAUGCUCGGCAAAGAGUCGGACAGCAGCCCCUGGAUCGUGGAGGGUGACGGUGGUCUGAAAGGCCCUCGUCAGAGACUGGGCUGCAACACGGCUAUGUCCCCCAACUUCCAACAGCACUGCGUGUCCACGAUAGCCACUAAAGCCUCGUCACAAUGACUGCUGCCCCCCGUCCCGCCAUCCUUCCCUGAACAAAUUGUCAAGACAAACUGAAUAAUAACUAUUAUACUAGUAAUAUAUCUGUAAUCAAAAACCAACUAUAUUGGGAAUAAUCAUGAUGUUGAUAAUGGGCACUGGAUUCUGUCUCCCAUGCUUUUGGAUAUGUUUUAUUUUUUAAUUUUCUUUCUCUUCGGUCUAACAACUCAGUACUGUAAUGUGAACUUUUGGGAAAUGAACAUUGAUCAAAAUCCAUUUCAAUUUGAAGCACAGUGCAAAAUGAGUGGUUGUUAGUUCAUUGAACACACUAGGCAUGUUGGAUAUUU